AUGCCUUUCGACUUCAAGAUCAAGCAGUGCAUGGGCUAUGCCUUCGUGAAUCUGACUGGCGAGGAGCACGUGCAGCACCUGAUCGCCAAGUUUGACAAUCAGCGCCUCUGGCCCCGCUCCGCGUCCCUGAAGCUCUGCUGCGCAGGCCUCUCCCACACGCAGGGCCUGCAGGCCAACGUCGAGCGCUUCCGCAACAGCCCCGUCAUGGGCGACGAGGUCCCCGAGUCCUUCAAGCCUGCGCUCUUCGCCGGCGUGCGGCAGGUGCCCUUCCCGAAGCCGACCAGGCAGCUGCCUCCGGUCCAGUCGUGA